GGAAAGGGACCAAAAUGUCACCACUGUCAACACUGUGACAAAUCCUUCACAACAUCUGGAACUUUAAAGAUUCAUCAGAGAGUUCACACUGGAGAGAAUCUACACAGCUGUGAUCAAUGCGGGGCAGCUUUCACACUGAAGAGUACCCUAAAAUUACAUCAACACAGUCACGCUGGAGAGAAGCCGUACAGCUGUGAUCUAUGUGGUAACGCCUUUACUGAUAAUGACUUUAUAAGACACCAGCUCGUUCACACCGGAGAGAAGCUGUACAGCUGUGAACAUUGUGGGAAAACAUUUUCUGAGAGCCGUAACCUUAAAUCUCACCAGCGCACUCACACCGGAGAGAAGCCGUACUCGUGUGAAUGUGGGGAAACGUUCUCUCAGAGCUGUAGUCUUAAACGACACCAGCGCAUUCACACUGGAGAGAAGCCGUACUGUUGUGAUAUAUGUGGUAGAGCAUUUUCUGAGAGCGGUAGUCUUAAAUCUCACCAACGUGUUCACACCGGAGAGAAGCCGUACUUGUGUGAAUGUGGGGAAACGUUCUCUCAGAGCUCUAGUCUUAAACAACACCAGCGCAUUCACACCGGAGAGAAGCUGUACUGUUGUGAUAUAUGUGGUAGAGCAUUUUCUGAGAGCGGUAGUCUUAAAUCUCACCAGCGCAUUCACACCGGAGAGAAGCCGUACUCGUGUGAAUGUGGGGAAACGUUCUCUCAGAGCUGUAGUCUUAAACGACACCAACGCAUUCACACUGGAGAGAAGCCGUACUGUUGUGAUACAUGUGGUAGAGCAUUUUCUGACAACGGUAGUCUUAAAUCUCACCAACGUGUUCACACCGGAGAGAAGCCGUACAGCUGUGAUAUAUGUGGUAGAGCAUUUUCUCAAGUUGGUAGCCUUAAAUCUCACCGACGUGCACACAAUGGAGAGAAACCGUACCGGUGUGAUCAAUGUGGGAAAUCAUUUUCUCAGAGUAGUAACCUUAAAUCUCACCAGCGCAGACACACUGAAGAGAAGUCGAAAUAGUCUGAACAAGUACAUUAGCUUUAAAUAAGCAAAACUACAAAGAGACUUAUGAAAGUGCAGCUUCAAGAAAAAACUAUAAACAAUUACUACAGUGGGGUUUGAAGGUUUGGACACCCCAGGUAAAAAUGUGUAUUAAUGUGCAUAAAGAAGCCAAGAAAAGAUGGGAAAAUCUCCAAAAAACCUCAAAUGACAGAUUAGACAUUCGUAUAAUACGUCACAAAAAGUUGGAUUUUAUUUCCAUCAUUUACACUUUCAAAAUAACAGAAAACAAAGAAAUGACGUCUGCAAAAGUUUGGGGCCCCCUGCAGAAUUAAUACCAUGUACCCCCCCCCCCUCCCCCUUCUUGUAGCCAGCCAAGAGUCUUUAAUUCUUGUUUGAGGUAUCUUCGCCCAUUCUUUCUCCAACAGUCUUCCAGUUCUUUGAGAUCUGUACCUGGAUCUGGUCAGUCACGCACUGCUCUUUUAAAGGUCUAUCCAUAGAUUUUACAUUAUGUUGAGGUCAGGAGAUUGUGAAGGCCAUGGCAAAACCUUCAGUUUACUCUUCUUGAUGUAAUCCACAGUGGAGUUUGAGGUGUGUUUAGGAUCAUUAUCCGUUUGUAGAAGCCAUCCUCUCUUUAACUUCAGCUUUUUCACUGAUGGCAUUGAGUUAGCGUCCAAAAUUUGCUGAAAUUGUAUUGAAUCCAUUUCUCCUUCUACUCGUGAAAUGUUCCCUGUGCCAUGAGAACGGCUGAUUGUAUUCAGGGGGAGGUUUGCGAGCUUU